UUCUUAGAGUGAAAACUAUCGGGAAGGAGGAAGAAAGAAAUCGGGAAAAAUGGCUUCUUCUUCUACUUCUCUCAAGAGACGAGAGCAACCAAUGUCUCGAGAUGGAGAUCAGCUUAUCAUUACUCCUUUAGGCGCCGGGAGCGGUGGUCGUUCUUGUGUUUACAUGUCCUUUAGAGGCAAAACGAUUCUGUUUGAUUGUGGGAUUCAUCCUGCGUACUCGGGAAUGGCUGCGUUGCCUUACUUUGAUGAGAUUGAUCCUUCCACCAUUGAUGUCCUCUUGAUUACUCAUUUUCAUUUGGAUCAUGCAGCAUCCCUACCUUAUUUUCUGGAGAGGACAACAUUCAAAGGGCGAGUUUUCAUGACACAUGCCACAAAGGCUAUCUACAAGCUGCUACUUACAGAUUAUGUAAAAGUGAGCAAAGUGUCAGUGGAAGACAUGCUGUUCGACGAAAAUGACAUCAACAAAUCCAUGGAUAAAAUUGAGGUAAUUGAUUUCCAUCAAACGGUUGAAGUGAAUGGCAUAAAGUUCUGGUGCUACACGGCAGGCCAUGUUUUGGGUGCAGCCAUGUUCAUGGUGGAUGUAGCUGGUCUCCGAAUCCUCUACACAGGAGACUAUUCCCGUGAAGAAGACCGUCAUCUAAGAGCAGCUGAGCUUCCUCAGUUCUCCCCUGACAUAUGCAUCAUUGAAUCCACUUCCGGUGUCCAGCUUCAUCAGUCUCGUCACAUCCGGGAGAAACGCUUCACUGAAGUAAUCCAUACCACAGUUAAACAGGGCGGGCGUGUCCUGAUCCCAGCUUUUGCACUCGGCCGUGCACAGGAACUUCUCUUGAUUUUAGAUGAAUACUGGGCCAACCACCCGGAUCUUCACCAUAUCCCGAUCUCCUAUGCAUCACCGCUCGCCAAAAAGUGUAUGGCCGUUUACCAAACCUACAUUUUAUCUAUGAAUGACAGAAUCCGCAACCAGUUUGCAAAUUCUAAUCCGUUUGUGUUCAAGCACAUCUCUGCGUUGAAUAGCAUUGAUGAUUUCAGAGAUGUUGGUCCAUCUGUGGUUAUGGCUAGUCCUGGAGGUCUUCAAAGCGGUUUCUCGAGGCAACUCUUUGACAUCUGGUGUUCAGAUAAGAAAAACGCUUGUAUCAUCCCUGGUUAUAUGGUGGAAGGUACACUGGGGAAAACGAUAAUCAAUGAACCGAAGGAGGUGACUCUUAUGAACGGUCUCACUGCUCCUCUCAACAUGCAAGUGCACUACAUCUCGUUCUCUGCUCACGCAGACUAUGCGCAGACGAGCACUUUCUUGAAAGAGCUCAUGCCUCCAAACAUCAUCCUUGUUCAUGGUGAAGCUAACGAGAUGAUGAGGCUCAAACAGAAACUCUUUACGGAGUUUCCUGAUGGAAACACAAAGAUCAUGAAUCCGAAGAACUGUGAGUCCAUUGAAAUGUACUUCAACUCUGAGAAAAUGGCGAAAACCAUUGGGAGAUUGGCGGAAAAGACACCUGAUGCUGGCGAUACAGUGAGUGGGAUUCUGGUGAAGAAAGGCUUCACUUAUCAGAUAAUGGCACCUGAUGAUCUCCAUGUUUUCUCACAGCUAUUAACAGCAACUGUUACUCCAGCGGAUCACUAUCCCAUUCUCAGGGAGCUUUUCGGUGUGAUAACACAUCGCCUCGAGAAGAUUUUCGAGAGUGUGGAAUCAUCAAUAGAUGAGGAAACCGGGCUUCCAGCACUGAAAGUACACGAAAGAGUAACAGUGAAACAAGAGUCAGAGAAGCACAUCUCGCUUCAGUGGUCAUCAGAUCCGAUAAGCGACAUGGUUUCAGACUCCAUUGUAGCUCUGGUUCUCAACAUCAGCCGGGAAGUCCCCAAGAUCGUUGUGGAGGAAGAAGAUGCUGUGAAAUCUGAGAAAGAGAACGGGAAGAAAGUUGAGAAAGUGAUAUACGCGCUUCUUGUGUCACUCUUUGGGGAUGUGAAACUAGGAGAGGACGGGAAACUGGUGAUUAGUGUCGAUGGCAAUGUCGCUCAGCUUGAUAAAGAGAGUGGGGAUGUAGAGAGUGAGCAUGGAGGUCUUAAGGAAAGAGUAAGAUUAGCUUUUCAACGGAUUCAAAGUGCUGUGAAACCAAUCCCUCUCUCUGCGGAUUAAAGUAGUAGUUGAGGUUUUUAAUCAUCAUAGAGUUUUGUCAUCAACCCGUUUCCAAGUUUACUAAUUACGAUGAUUAAGUCAAAUGGAUGUUGUUAAGAAUGUGUUUUAUGAAACUUUGCUGCUUCUGUAAGUUUAUUGUGAUGAUGAUUAGUACAAUGGAUUUUAUUAUGAAGGUGUUGUUAA